AUGGCAGUCCAAGCGCAGGACUACACGCAGCUGUCGCGCGGGCAGCUCAUCUUCUCGUUCAGCCUCGUCACGUCCUUCUUCUUCCUCUGGGGCCUGUCGUACGGCCUGCUCGACGUGCUCAACCAGCACUUCCUGCACAACUUCAACCUCACCAAGGUACAGACAACGCUCCUCCAGUUCUCGUACUUUAUCGCCUAUGUAAGCCGCGCCACACGCAAGGCACCACUCACGCCACAGCUCCUCGUGUCCCCACCCAUGGGGUGGGUCAUGCGCCGCAUCGGAUACAAGAAGGGGAUCCAUAUCGGCCUCGGCCUGUUCAGUAUCGGCGCGAUCCUCUUCUGGCCGUCGGCAAAGUACGGCAAGUAUGGCAUGUUUGUCGCGUUCACGUUCGUCGCGGCGUCGGGCAUCGCCACACUCGAGGUAGCCGCCAACACGUACAUCACUGUGCUUGGCCCGGCCAAGCACGCGGGGUUCCGCCUCACGCUCGCGCAGUCGUUCAACGGCAUCGCGACCGUUGUCGGCCCGCAGAUCGGCGCGCACGCCUUCUUCAACGAGGCCAACAAGGACUCGCUCGGCACAGUGCAGUACGUCUACCUCGCCCUGGCGGUCUUCGCGCUCCUCCUCAACAUUGGCGUGUAUUUCGCCAAGCUGCCCGAGGUGCGCCAGCACGUCACGCCGGAAGAGGAGCAGACCAUGGAGGAGCAAGGCUGGCGCGGCUUCCUCCGCCAGCGCCACACGCUCUUCGGGUUCGCUGCCGAGUGGUUCUACGUCGGCGCGCAGGUCGCCGUGGCCACCUUUACCGUCUUCUACGUCAUCGAGCAGGGCGGCUACGACUCGGCGAUGGGCGCAAACAUCCUCUCGGGCUGCCAGGCAGUGUUCACCGUCGGCCGCUUCAUCGGCGUCGGCUAUCUGCGCUACGUGGACCCGGCAUUCUCGCUGGCCGUCAACGGCGUCGGCCUGGUCAUCUUCUCGAUCCUCACGUCCCUCCUGCACGGCAAGGCGGGCAUCGGGUGCCUGUUCAUCAUCUUCCUCUUCGAGUCGACGUGCUACCCCGUCAUCUACUCGAUCGCAGUGGCCAACCUCGGCGGGUACACCAAGAUCGGCGGCGGCCUGCUGUGUGCCGGCGUGUCCGGCGGCGCGGCAUACCCGUCCAUGCAGGCUGCGCUGGCCGACGUCACGUCGUCGCGCCUCUCGUUCCUCAUCCCCAUGACGGGCUUCGUACCCCUCAUGCUCUACGGCAUGGGCAUGUGGGCCCACAAGUGCAACCGCCGCGGCGUGUGGUCCAUCUGGGUCAAGGACCUCGACGGAGCCGAGGAGGCCGAGAAGGAUGCCCGCGAGUCGGCGAUCCGCGACCUCGAUGAGAAGGACAAGGCGGUGGUUCACCAGGUCGAGUCGGUCAAGCAGUAG